AUGGAAUCUAUUUUUACAGGAAUCGAAUAUCUUCAUUCUAAGUAGAUUAUACAUCGAGAUAUCAAUCCUGGUAUUUUAACAUAACUCAUUUAGAUAAUAUCUUAAUUAAAAACGCAGAAGAUCUUUCGAGCAUCAAGAUUGCUGACUUUGGUUUAAGUUAUCAAUACAAACCAGAAAUUCGUUAUUAUUAGACUGUUUCAAAAUAGUGUGGAACCUUUAUAUUUAUGGCACCAGAAUAAAUAUUAAACAAAACUUAUAACAAGGCUGUUGAUAUGUGGUCUUGUGGUAUCGUACUUUAUAUGCUAUUGAAUCAAGGGAAACAUCCAUUUUAUCCAAGGAUUUUCACUAAAAAAGAAUUUAUCAACAGUUUUCCAGAUCUGAAAUACGAAUAACCCUUGCAUACAUCUCCUCUUGCAAGGGAUCUCUUAUAAAGAUUGUUAUAAAAUGAUUAAGAUUCUCGAUAUACUGCUGCCUAAGCGUUAGUUCAUCCAUGGAUAACUCGAAAAUUUAAUGAUCCAAUCCCAAUGAGUGUUAAACAAUUCGGAAUUUGUUAAGAAUAAAAAAAAAAAGUAUUAUAUAUAAUUAAUAUAGAGUUUUUAAUUAAUAUCAUCAGUUUUGUUUAUAAUUUAUUUACAGCAACUAUCAAUUAAACAAUCACCAAUUCAAUCCAAAAAGGAUCUAAGCGAAUUUCAAAUUUAAAUUGAUUAAUCUGAAGAAGAUAAAUAUGAAAAACCAUAAUAUCUAGAGAACAAUAUACCUAAAAACUAAUAAUUACCAUUUCAGUUAUCAAUAACCAGACCUACCAAAAUAUUCAAAACCUAUAGAACUCUAAACAAAAUACCCUCAAAAGAAAAGUAUUAUCUAUUAAAUACAAUUCUUAAUCAAAAAAAUGAUUCUAGUCAAGAAUUAAACAUGUUCAAAUUUAAUUAACAAUAUGUAUUGAUAAUGAAAAAAGAAUCAUUCACAUUGAUCCAGAUUCCCCUAAGAAAAAUCCAAAAAACAUUUAACCAAGUAAAAUACUUCUUCCAGCACUAUCAGAAUAGACCCAGACUUCUCUAAGCCCUUCGAAAUAAAAAUUAACGAAAGCCCCUAAUUUAAAACAUAACUCAUUUCGGAAAACAGGAUGUUCUUUUUUUCUAGGAUUAAAUCGAAUUAAUAAUAAUUCAGUCUAAGAAUCAGAAACAUUAAGAAGUAAAGAAGACAUUCAUGAUAAAGGGUCAAUUAUUAAUACUCAAAGGUCAACUGUCAAAUAAUAAAGUAAUUAAUUUAGUAGUAUUUUUAAAUCGUAAAAUAAAACCGUAGAACAAUCUUUUUAUACAGAAAAAAUAUUAAUCUGAUAAAAGUAUAAUUAUGA